AUCUUGACCCACCAAACCCAACCAGCGAAAGCUAUUUUUUUAUCCACUUAAAGCGCCAGGAGGAUGUAUCACUAUGGGCUGCACCGGGCAACUUAGUGCCCGUGUAUGACUGUUAAUCUGCCAAAGUGCUCGACAGAGUUCAUCUCCCUGCGCCCAUUUUCUAAAUGAUGUAAAGUUAUACAUAUUUGUAUUCAUCCCACGAGAAAAUACCUGACUCCUACUCUUUCUCUCUACACUUUACUUCAAAUACACAGCUGAGCUGUCAUCACGUCGCUGCAAGGCAAAAUGCUGCUCUAUGCGAGGAGGCUCAUUGCGGAAUACAAAUGGAUGUGACUGCAGAGUGAGCCAGUGACCACGCUGACAUAGAAUCGCCUUCACUUCAGGACCAUGAUCAUGGCUCUGUCCUGGCUCCUGCAUCACUUGCCCUGUCCUAACCCGACCAGUAUCACCAGUGUCCACUAUCAGCACACUUCCAGCAGUGCUCUCUGAACGGGACUGCGUGGAGUCAUGCUGUCUGGGACUUGGAGGCGUUCUGUGGGGUCCCAGCAGUCUGCUGCAGCGCCUGCGAUGACCGCCAGGGGGCUGACGGUGUGCGGGGUUCCCAGCGGCACUGUGGUCCUGGAGGCCCAGUAUGACUACAACUACCGCGGGGCUGAUGGACGGCAGGUCUGCAUCAGGGAGGGUGAACGGUUCGUGCUCCUAAAAAAGACCAACAGUGACUGGUGGCAGGUGCGGAGGAUCGGGGCAGCCAGUAAAACAAAGCCACUGUAUGUCCCCGCCACUUAUGUGACAGAGGUGCCCAUUGCCCCAAUGCCCUUGCCGCAGCGCCUCGUCAAUUCCACCUCUCUGAACUCCAACCUCAGGAUCAUGCCCAGAGUGUCCCUCAGUCCCGGUCCAACAGGGACCAUCUAUAGUGAGCAGCAUCAAGUGAACAAACCCUUAUACCGCUCCAUGGAAAACCUCAACUCCAACAGUGCCUUCCAGGGGCCGGACCGCAAUACAAACACGGGUGGAGGUCGCUUCCCCACCCUGCCCCUCUCUGGAUUCAGCUUUACCCCAAACUCUUCAAGCUCUCCAUCAGGACACCUCAUGGUCCCCGGCUCCCCCGCAGUUCCAGCACCAGACGCAGUCCCAAGAAACCCCAGGGUGGUGCCCAUGAUAACUCGAAGCCAGAGCUCCAGCAACCUGCCAGAGAACCUGAUGGAGAACACGUACGACGAGGUGGGCGGAGGACUCGGCAGUCGCGUCAACCACAGGGUGCCCAAGAAGUCCUGCAGCCAGUGGGAUAUGGUGGGAGGGUCCAGCAGGAACCACCAUCUUCAGGUUCCCACAGAGUCGUAUCUGUCCCAGCUGUCCUGGCAGGACUCCCCUCUUUACACCGAAAUGCAGCCGGAGAAACGUCUUUCCCAGCUCGACCCUCCCAGCCCAGUCCCAGAUCAGCAGCCUCUCCAGGUCCUGGACCUGUGGGAGCAGUACUCAGACCCAUCCACAGGGAGAAGCUACUACAUCAACACAGUCACCAAGGAGAGGUCCUGGAAACCCCCUCGUCGGGCACGUGGACAAACCACCAACAAGGGCAGUGCAGUUCAAUCGCAGACGUUACACAGGGAAACUAACCAUCUGUCGCUACCACUUGCUGACGCUGGCAAUGGAACUAUGCACAGGCUGUCCCCAGAUUUCCUCUUUGGGAGCCAUCAGAGGAGUAAUGGUGCUGACUGGCAGAUGAAUCAGAGCAUGCAGCGUGCCGUCUCCUCUGACACCUUGACCACGAUGGCGUUCAGCAACACCAGCGCCCAGUCACAUAACUCUGUCCCCCUGCAUGAUCCCAGGCAGCAGCUUAGCCACUCGCAGUCUAUGAUCCUGCCUGAGAACGGCAAGCUGGUCCAGCAGUGCAGAGAUUUCUCCUGUAAUGUGACCAACAUCGUUGUGGAGCCGCCGUCUCCUGAGAGCUCACCAGACAGUGAAAGUGGCACCCCGGAGUUGGAGAAAGCUGGCCUCUUGAACAAGACGAAGAUUGCAGAGGGAGGCAGAAAACUGAGGAAAAACUGGAGCCCUUCCUGGGUGGUGUUGGUUGGGAACAGUCUGGUUUUCUUCAAAGAUCCUAAAUCACAGACACCUGCCAGCUGGAGACCGGGAAACAGCCGUCCAGAGAGCAGUGUUGAUCUUCGCGGAGCAAAGCUGCACUGGGCAAACGAGCUAUCCAGCAAGAAAAACGUCUUCAAGCUGAGGACGGUGACGGGUAAUGAGUUCCUGCUGCAGUCAGAGACGGACUCUCUGAUCAAAGAGUGGUUCAUCACCAUCCAGAGCGUCAUAGACAGACUGGAUCGUGAAAACCCAUUAGACAACGUGCUCCUGUACUCUCUGAGGCGAGCGGGCAGCGUGGAGAUGCUGGAACACAGCGGAGAUGAGGAGGACAGGAGAACGUCACUCCCUCGCUCUUCGUCCAACCUUGAGAACACGGAGAGGAAGAGAGUGAAGAGCAGGCUGAAGAAGCUGAUCCUGAAGAGACCCCCUCUGCAGGCGCUGCAGGAGAAAGGCCUCAUUAAAGAUCAGGUGUUUGGAUGUCGUCUGGAGAUGCUCUGCGAGAGAGAGAAGAGCACCGUCCCUCGCUUCGUCAGGCUUUGUACCGCCGCUGUGGAGAAGAGAGGACUGGAAACUGACGGCAUCUACAGAGUGUCAGGGAACCUGGCAGUGAUUCAGAAACUACGCUUCAUGGUGAACCAUGAGCGAGCGGUGACUACAGACGGCCGUUACAUGUUCCCAGCGGAGUUGGUUCAAGAGGAGAAGCUGAAUUUGGAGGAGAGUGAUUGGGAGGACAUCCAUGUCAUCACAGGAGCUUUGAAACUUUUCUUCCGAGAGCUUCCCGAGCCACUGGUGCCCUUCGGCUUCUUCACUGACAUUGUGGAGACAAUCAAGAUGUCGGACUACUUGGAGAAAGUUCACCGUCUGAAGUGUCUGGUGCUCAACAUGCCUCCUCCUAACCACGACACGCUGAAGUUCAUGUGCCGCCAUCUCAGACGGGUUUUGGAGCAUUCAGACACAAACCGAAUGACCACCCAGAACAUCGGCAUCGUGUUUGGGCCGACCCUGAUGCGCCCUGAGCGGGACAAUGGCAACAUGGCGGUAAAUAUGGUCUACCAGAACCAGGCGGUGGAGCUCAUCCUCAGCGAGUUUGACCACAUCUUUGGAAAAAGAGGCCCCUCUUGAUCUUCCCGGACCGAGGGGUCUUCAAAAAGCUCCUCAGAUCAGACAAAAGCAGAAAUAGUGCAGCCGCUUAUCCUCUCUGCCUGUUGACUCAUGUGGUGUAAAAAGGAUUUCACAUCAAAAAGAUAAUUACGGGGUUAAAAGGAACCAGGACAGAAAGCUGCUAAUCAUGACAUCUGGCCUCCAUAUAAAGCCACGUUAAAACAAUAAUAGUAAAACAAACCAACUUUAGCUGUGAUACUUGUGACUGCGACUUCAGACGUGGAGCCCCGGUGUUCUUCACUGCUGGAACAGACGCCUCCUUGUCACUUUCCCUUGAUGUUCAAGACUUGAUCAGGAUACUAAGAAAGCCAUAAAAGUGAAAACUCUCCUCCAGCUGGUCCAGCUCACAGAGUAUUGAUCACUCAUUAAUCAAGGAAUGUGAGGAAGGACGUGUCUCAACAUAGCACGCGAACGAAACUAAGCAGAACCAUGUCACUGUGAAAACACAAGCACCAGCACCUCAUGCAGAAAGGACUAAGGACAGAGCUCACCUGCAGCAUGGACCUAUUGCAACAGCUGGGUGGGUAAAUGUGCCCACAUGUCUGCUGAAGUCAUACAGUGAAGUCAUACAGAGUUUUUAAGGUUCAUUUCAGAUGUUAAGUGGGAAAGGAUGAUUUCAGUGAUGGGAUGAAUGUGCCAUAAGGGCAGAAACUUUUUUUCUGUGUACCAAACUGUUCUUGUUUAUUGUGUGUGAACCUCCAGAGCUUCCCCCAAUUGCACAAAUUGGAUUUAUCUUCUAUUUUUGUUAGUGGAAACUCCUCAGAUUAAGUUAAGAAAACUAGUGUAAAUAUGUGAAACACUGUCAUUGUAGCACUUUGCAUAUGUUGUGUAACCUUAACAUUACAUAUAUUAGCCAAAUUCAGACAGAGACGUUUGCUUUAAAAUGAACAGUGUGUUGUUAAAUACUGCCUGGACCUGAUUGUAAACUGUCAUGAAAUUAAAAAAAAGAAAAGUGAACUAUCUGA